UAAAGAAGUUCAGAGGUCACUGCGCACGUGGUCAAAUCAAUAUGGCGCCGCCCUGUUCAGUCUGAUGAGGAGUGGAGUCCAAACAAGUUGAAUUAAGUUAAAAGAAUGAUGGCCGAUGUUGGUGUCGGUCCAGCUGCUGAUGCAACGUCCUCAACCGAAGGCACACCUGAUGACCAUGGCUCCAAAACGGACGCUGUCAACCCUGAUGUUCAAGCUGAAGGGGAGGCUGAGGCGGCCUCUGACCCCGCCAUGUACCGCUACAUCAAAGGAGACCUCUUCACCUCCGAGAUCUACAAAGUGGAGAUCAGGAAUCUUCCCAAAUUCAUCGGCUUCAACGACCUGAAGAAGUUCCUGGGCAAACACGGCCUGAGCCCGCACAAGAUCAAGCUGUUUGGCAAGCAGACGUUCGCUUUUGUCACUUUCAAGAACGAGGAGGAGCGGGACAAGGCCAUGAAGAUGGUGCACGGGAUGCAGUGGAAGGGCCAGGUGCUGAGCGUCCGGCUGGCCAAACCCAAAGCCGACCCCAUCCUGAGGAAGAGGAGGCAGGGCGACGGGGAAGGCGGCGCGGGGGAGCCGGCCUCCAAGCGAACGGAGGGCGAGGAGGAGGAGGAGGAGCCGCUCGGCGUUCAGAUAGCCAACGUGGUGACUCCCCUGUGGAAGGUUCCCUAUGAGGAGCAGCUGAGGAGGAAGGAGCAGGAGGUGGAGGGCGUUCUGCAGAGGCUGGCCAAGGAGAUCGGCAGCACUAACAAGGCGAUGCUGCCGUGGCUGUUUGCGCAGAAAGGCAAAUACAACAAGAUGUGCUGCCCUCUGGAGGCAAUCCGUCCGUCUCCCACGCAGGUGUUUUCCAGAACUUUUCAUCCCUUUCUCAGUUCGUCUCCGUGCGCUCUGGAAUCUAACCCCCCCCUCGUUUCCGGAUCCCGGCAGACGGAGUACAGAAACAAGUGCGAGUUCCUCAUCUCGGUGGGGGCCGACGGCGUGGACAAGACCAUCGGCUUCCGGCUGGGCAAAUACAAAGGGGGCUCCUGCGCCGUGGUGGGGCCGGAGGGGACGUGCCACGUCUCGGCCGAGGCCAAGAGGGUGGUCAGCCAAUUCCAGAAGUUCAUCAGGACAACGCCGUACUCGGUGUACAGUCCAGAGACCUACGAGGGCCACUGGAAGCAGCUGACCGUGCGCACCACAAGGACCAAACAGGCCAUGGCCAUGGCCUUCUUCAACCCGCAGAAACUCGAGGAAGAGGAGCUCAAUGCUCUGAAAAGCUCCAUGGGGAAGUAUUUCACAGACGGAGAGGGGAAAGACAGCGGCGUGAGCUCCCUGUAUUUCGUCAGGGAGGGUCAGAGGACCUCUCCCAACCUGGAGGAUCUGCCCUGCGAGCUGGUGGCCGGAGAGAGCUGCAUCCACGAGGAGCUGCUGGGCCUGAAGUUCAGGAUAUCCCCCCACUCCUUCUUUCAGGUGAACACCGGCGCUGCGGAGGUGCUGUACUCGGCCGUCGGGGAGUGGGCCCAGCUGGACCAGGACAGCACGGUCCUGGACGUCUGCUGUGGGACCGGAACCAUCGGCCUCUCGCUGGCUAAAGGGGUAAAAAAGGUGAUCGGCAUUGAGCUGUGCCAGGAAGCCGUAGAGGACGCCAAAGUCAACGCACAGCUUAACGGUCUAAGCAACGUGGAGUUCCACUGCGGGAAAGCCGAGGACGUGUUCCCCAGCAUCCUGAACGCUCUGGUGUCGCCCAACCUCACCGCCAUCGUGGACCCGCCCAGAGCAGGCCUGCCAUCCCCUCCCCACCCCUUAACAGACUCCAAGGUGAUCCUUGCCAUCAGAAGGGCGGAGCAUCUGAAGAGGCUGGUUUAUGUGGCCUGCAACGCCAAGGCAGCCAUGCCCAACUUCAUCGACCUGUGUCGAGCUCCAUCCAACAGGGUUCACGGAGCCCCGUUCCGCCCGGUCCGAGCCCUGGCCGUGGACCUGUUCCCUCAAACCAUGCACGUGGAGAUGCUGCUGCUGCUGGAGAGGGUGGACUAAGGCGUGACAGUGUUUUUUUUUAUUUUUUUUU